AUGCAUAAGCAUCUGAUUAUAGUAGAGCUGUUCCUCUUUUUUGCGCAUGGAAAGCUCUCUUUUAAGCAGCUGGAGUAUCUUCAAAUAUGCAGGAUACAAAGCAAUGACGAUUUUAUUUAUAUAAACCCCAGUGGCUCGCUGAACUUCCUGCAUGCAUAUAUGCACGGAAAGAAUGGGCACAUGCACAACGUGCGGCUCUUUUCCUCUGAAAUAAACACGUUCCACAGCCUGGAUAUUGACCCAAGCAGAAAAGACCAAUUAGCUAGAGACAGAUACCUGUAUGAUCGGUUGCCAGAGAAAGACAUAGUGCAUAACCACGACAAAUUAGACAUAUACACCCGGAGAGUUUCCAUGUAUACGAGCAUCAUUAAAAUGUUUCCCUCGGAGAAUGGGGUUUUGUCGAUAGACUCCAGAAUGUUGGAUUCCUUCACAGGGUUUCUUCGCGCGGUCCCCAAUCAGAGGUCUGUACAUCAACUUCUUGCAGCACUUCUGCUUCUGAGCGAGGGCGUUGAAUUGGACCUUCGGGCAACAUGCACUAUGAUUUGCCUGUACCAAGUAGACGGAAGUCAUGUAUUCACACUGAAGGAGGUCGAUUCCAACACGGAGUUUGAUGAAGAAUGCCAGGAAGUAGACUCCUAUGGGCUGAACAACGUCAGCACGUGCGUGCAUUUCUUCAUGAGCGACCUGAAAGAGAGAGAGCCCCCGAAAACUACGGAGGAGUAUAUGAAGGGCGAGUUUCUAAGCACUCCCUGGUUUAUCAUACAGUCGUACAUAUACGAGUAUAUAGAAAGCGUGCACGCUGCAAAGGAAGUUGUCACGAGUGCCCACGAGAUUCUGGAAGACAUCAUUUCAAAGAAGCCAAGCAGUGAACAAGAGAGUUCCAAUCUGGAGGUGGCAAAGCGCGUGCAUCAAAAGCUUUUUGUUUCUUCGAUAAAGCUGAAGGAGUACAACGAGUUGUGUAUUAUCAAAAAGAUCAACCAACGUGUGAAUGAGUUCAGGUCUUUCCCGUUUUCAAACUUCAACCAGCUUCCUGUAUGCACAAAAAUCCCAGAGUACUUUCAAGAGCUGGGAGCGCACUCACUUGCAGAUCAGUCGAACUUCUUCAUAAAUCACGCGGAGAAUGCGCUGUACACUCUCAUGUGCUGUCUCCUAUACAGCCAAAGAUCUGGAAAAUACUCUAUGGAAAGACUUCCAGACGCUGGCUCAAACAUAGCUUUAAAAAGGUUUUUGGCGCAGCAGAAUCCGUGCCCUGUCGAAGUUGUGGAUUUUGACCUUCACAAGGAGUGGAAUGCGGUGGUUUCCGACCUCCCGAACCCAAACAUCAGAUACAUGCGGAAAAGCAGAAACCAGCUUUGCUGUGGAGUGCUAAACAUACUUCUAGCUCUUGCUGAAAUCACAGGCAAUAGUAGCACCCAAGAAAGCACUAUUCUUGAGUUCAAGAAUGGCCUAAUGGUGGAAGAUGAGCCUCCCCGGGGGUUUUACUUGGCCUUAGAGGACUGUGUGGUAUACCUGCUCAAAAAGCAUCUUGUAAGCAACAGCAUCGAAAUAGAGUGUGUGGGAUUUAGAAAGGGCAUUGACCAAAGCGGAGAGUGUGAUGUUUUUGGAGAAAUCCACAUCAAAUACAGCGCAAGGUUCGAUGAAGACAUUCUUGCGAUCAAAGUUGGAAUGGAGAGUAUAAGCAGUGAAUUCAUAAAACGAGAAAUCACACUGCCUGAUUUCUCGUUGAGCAGCCUCCAAAGCUUAACACAGCAGUGCAAGGAGCAAGGCAGUUUUCUGGGUCUUCUAUCCUGGCAGUAUGCGAAUGGAAUUGGAAAAAACGCCCGUGAGGUUGAGUCCGAUCUGCUGUCGUCCGUCAAAGAAGUUCUACACAGUUCCGAGAAAGACAGAAUAGACGCGAUAUUUGUCCUAAAGAAAAUAGAAGGCUUAAAAUACAAAAAACUUCUCGUGGACUUCUCUGUAGGAUACAGCGCAAACUAUUGGGGGAUUGAGAAAGACCCGUGCAUAAGCACGACUCAAUUGGUGCGCCUUGCUCUAAACGUACUUGGAAGCACGGCAUUGGAUAACCCGAAGAUUCAGAAAAUGUUUCUUUCUGUUUUAAUACACACAAACAGGUAUGCGUGUAUACUGACGAGGCUAAACAUUUCUGAAGCUGAAUACAGCCACUUGUUUGACGAUCCUAGCGUGUUCAUGGAUGUUUUGGUUUUUGCCUCGACCAACACGCUGUGCAAUGUCCUUUGGGUUAUGCUGGAGUCUUCUAUAAUGAAGGAAAGGCACUCCUACGACCCGAAUAACCCGAAAACGCCGUUGCGUCACUAUAUGAACAUGCAAGACAUCGGGCUAGGCCUGCUUAAUAACAGUGCCAGGGAAAUAACACACAGGCGCCCAACACUGAAGGAAUACUGCCCAAAGAAAGAGCGCGCCUUCUACUCCCUGAUAUCACUGGCUCUAUUUGCCUUUGCCUGCGAGUAUAGGAAAGACGACCCAAAAACCAUCAAUGCCCUAUACGACUGCAUUCUGUGCAUUCCCAGUAACGUGCCUUUGGACUUAAAGCAGAAAUACAGUGCUUACAAGAAAAUUGUUCUGCUCUAUAUGCGCAGACAUAUAAAGCUGCUGAAACAAAGAAAGCUAGCGAAAAGAUGGUUUGGUUUUCCCAUUCACAUGAAGCUUUUCAAUGGAAAAGUCUGCGCCUAUAAGUACAAAAAAGUAUGUGACUUCUUUAGUGCAUAG